AUGCCCAAACGUAUCACAAGCCGCAACAUGAGCACCCAGAGACUAACCUUCACGCCCGUGGUAAGGGUGUUCGACGCUUGUCCAGAGGAUGGAAAAAUAUAUUUGAACGACCAGGGCCGCAAGCAUCAGCAUAAGGCAGAUAGAAAUGUCUUUGAUGAAUAUUCGAGCAGCUCACAAUCGACGAACUCGGAUGAAUAUUUCAUCAGGAACAUGUCGCCUGCCCCGGAUGGUGACACGAUCAUCGUAGCGAGUUCGAUUCAAGAGAGCGAGGAUCAGCUUUUAGAAGAAAGCCGAGCAUCCGAAGACCAAGCAAGCCUUGAGAGACGAGUAAAUUUUAAGUACAGAGAAGAGCAUCAUCUUACCCUAUAUCUGCUUCGGACAACAUUCAAGGGCUCCUGGAACCAGACUACAAGAGUCUUCAAUGAAGUUUACCAGCAAGAUGUUACAAACUAUGGACUUGAAAAGGGGCCACUACGGACAGCUUUAAAAACACAGUUUGCUUAUCGACACAAUAGCCAAAGCGCCCUUUGGCAAGCCUUUCGUAGGGAGUCUCAAGGCAACAGAUGGGCAUUCACAGAUAUCAAGAACCGCAUAGAGACCGCCUUGUUGACGUUCAAUAUUCCAAACAAAGCGAUAACUUUGAAGAAGAAAAAGAAGAAGAUCCGCCGAACUUGCAUAAAGAGAGAAGAAGCGCAUCCUCCUCUACCAGUUGUACUUUUCAGAGCCUACAAUGAUGCCAGCCAAGGAUCAAAUUCGAGCGAGGGGUUUGUUGCGAGCCACUUCGAAGACCACGAUGGUUUGCCGUUACCACCAGAAUACUCAGACCAUGACCUGGAAAAUGCUAUAAGAAAACAUCUCAGCAAACACGAAGAUUUCAAGUCUCCUUUCAUAAGUACCAGCAGCUGUUUGAUCAAGGUCAUGCGUCGAGCAAUCAAGGCGAGCGAAAAGGCUCAAGAUCUGACCUCGUGCAGAAUCGGCAUAAUAAACACGCAAAAGGUUGGACAAGGCGACGUAAUUUUUUACGCCCGGCCAUACCGCGAACUGUUCCGCACGAAAGGAGUCUACCCAUGGAGGUAUUCGGCCGAAGAAGAAUAUUUGGUUUGGGGCAGCAUACCUAGAAAAGCUAUACUGGCCGACCUAUCUUUGCAAGGUCUAUCGUUAUUUAUAGCUGAGGAUCCUGUAUUAUCUCAUGCAUUCGAUACGGACGUUUCCAAAGGAAAAGUCCAGGAAAUGUGCAGGACGUUGAAAGUCCAAUCAGCGGAUGCUUGGCUUGCUGAAGCUGCAGUCUUUGCUCACAGUUUCAUCGACUCGCAAGAUUGUGUGGUUGUUGGUCAUGAGGAAAAGUACUUUGCUGCCAUUUCAGAGGCAUUUCUGGCUGGUGCAAGGACAUCAACUAAGAGUUGGAUUGCACAUAUCGAGUUGAACCAAGACCACGCGCAAGAUAUGGUUGACCGAGCGGUCAGAGUCGGGCUCCUUUCUGCAGAAGAAAAGUUCUCGAGGUCAACAGUUCACUGA